AUGGCCCCCCGAAUCCUAUCACACAGCGACUACACGGUGGCAUGGAUCUGCGCUCUGCCGCUGGAAACAGCAGCGGCGAAAGUCAUGUUAGACGAGGUUCAUGCUUCUCUGUCCCAACCAAAAACUGAUCACAAUGUCUACACUCUCGGAAACGUCGGUGGCCACAAUGUGGUGGUGGCCUGCCUACCUUUGGGUGUGUAUGGAACCAUAUCUGCAUCAAAUGUGGUGUCACACAUUGUUUCCACCUAUCCAAAUGUCCGGUGUGGAUUGAUGGUCGGCAUUGGAGGCGGAGUUCCCGGCAAACGUGCUGAUAUUGCUGAUAUUCGCCUUGGUGAUGUUGUGGUUAGCAAGCCAACUGCUACCUCAGGCGGCGUUAUCCAGUAUGACUAUGGUAAAACACUCAGUGGAGGACAUUUUCAGCGCACUGGAUCCCUCAACAAACCUCCUCCAAUCUUGUUGAAGGCUGUGGCUCAGUUGGAGAGCGACUAUAUGACUGGAAAGAACCUAAUCAGCAAAAACAUCGGUGAUGCACUGCAGAAGGAAGAAAUUAGAAGGAAGUUCUCCCGACCAAAAUCCGACUGGCUGUUCCAGUCGACAUAUAACCAUGAGGGUAACGAGGCAAACUGUUUAGCAUGUGAUCAGAAACAGCUAGUAGACCGGCCCCCACGAACAACUGCUGAGCCUUACAUUCAUUAUGGCUUGAUCGCUUCUGGAGAUCAGGUCAUAAAAGAUGCGGGGACUCGAGAUUUCAUUGCCCGAAAGGAAGACAUUCUCUGCUUCGAAAUGGAAGCUGCCGGCCUCAUGGAUGAACUUCCAUCCCUUGUCAUUCGAGGCAUCUGCGACUACUGUGACUCCCACAAAAAUAAACAGUGGCAAGAAUAUGCGGCCCUUGCGGCUGCCGCCUAUGCAAAGGCUCUCCUGUCACAGGUUCCUACUUCCUACUCCGGGAAGGAGUUAGGUGCAUUAAAGGAAUCAGUUUGGAUGGUCCCCUUUCGAAAGAACUCGCGAUUCGUGGGCAGGGCAGAAGAAAUGAGCAAAGCUGAAGGAUGGAUCAUGCAAAAGGACAGCCCAGGCAUAAUCGCUAUUUGCGGACUAGGUGGAGUUGGAAAGACCCAAAUCGCACUUGAGCUGGCAUACCGCAUGCGAAAUCGAGACCCUGCAUGCUCGGUUUUCUGGAUCUCAUGUACCAGCUACGAGAGCGUGGAACAGGCCUACAUGAGCAUCGCGUUGAAGCUUGGAAUCCCAGACCCAAAUCCGGCAGAGGUCAAACAACAGGUCAAGGCUUAUCUUAGCCAGAAAAGCACGGCAAGAUGGCUCCUUAUUUUUGAUAACGCAGAUGAUAUGGAGAUGUGGACAAUGGCAGACUUUCUGCCUGAGAGCGAGCGAGGCCAUAUUCUCUUCACCACUCGAACCCGGCAGAUAGCCGUAAGACUGGCCUCGACUCAUGUGAUAAUAAUCUCUGAGCCGGGCACGGAGACUGCUGCUGAAAUCUUACGCAAGUCGCUGAUUAAGAGAGACUUACUUAAUGAUGCAGAGGCAGCCAUUGCUCUCCUUAAAGAGCUUGCUUGCCUUCCACUGGCAAUCACCCAGGCGGCAGCGUAUAUCAAUGAAAAGGAUAUCAGAAUUUCUGCAUACAUCACACUCUUACAAGAGAGCGAGCCGGAUGUGAUUGAGUUGCUGAGUGAAGACUUUGGAGACGAAGGCCGGUACAAAAAUGUCCAGAAUCCUGUUGCAACAACUUGGUGGAUUUCAUUCCAACAGAUCCAGCAACUCAAUCCAACAGCAAUCGACUAUCUACUAUUCAUGGCCUGUAUCAACCAUCGCCACAUUCCGCAGUCUUUGCUCCCUCAGACGACAUCAUCAAAGAAAAGGACUGAUGCCAUAGGUCUUCUUAAAGCCUUUUCAUUUCUGAAUGAGGAGGGCGAAGCCUGUUCUAUGAAUAUUCACCGACUCGUCCAUCUUGCGACCCGGAACUGGAUGAGGAAGAACCAGCUGUUCAGCCAGCAAAUCUUAAAAACAGCCGAUCGACUAAGCGAAGCCUUUCCAGAUCGUUACCAUACCAAUCGGAAGCUGUGGCGCGAAUAUCUACCUCAUGUUCUUUCAUUGAUUGAAGAAGCUGAAUUUCAAAAGGAGGAGGAGAAAUAUGUUGAUAUGGUUGAGAGGAUUGGUGAUUGCCUUCUCAGUGAUGGAAGAUCCAAGGAAGCCGAAGAUCGCUUUCUACAGGUACUAAAGAUCCGCAACCAGGUACUGGGGCCAGAGCAUCCCAAGACCCUAACCAGUAUGGCUGCCAUGGUAUCAACAUACUUAACUCAGGGACGAUGGACGGAAGCAGAGAAGCUAGCUGUGGAAGUGUUGAGUAUCCGGAAACGCGUGCUGGGGCCAGAGCAUCCUAACACUCUUAAUAGCACGGCUGACUUAGCAGCAACAAUCUCAAGUCAGGGACGAUGGAAGGAAGCAGAGGUUCUAGAGCUGCAGGUGAUGGAGAGAAGCAAACAGGCACUGGGGCCAGAGCAUCCAAGAACACUGCUUAGUAUGGCCAACUUAGCAUCAUCAUACUGGAACCAGGGACGAUGGAAGGAAGCAGAGCUGCUAGAGAUGCAGGUGAUGGAGAGACACAAACAGGUCCUGGGAGCAGAGCAUCCAGAGACUUUGAGUAGUAUGAGCGACCUAGCAACAAUAUAUUUGAGUCUGGGACGAUGGAAGGAAGCAGAGAAGCUAGCUGUGGAAGUAUUCGGUAUCGAGAAACGCAUGCUCGGGCCAGAGCAUCCUCAGACCCUGACCAGCAUGGCUAACAUGGUAGCAACAUAUUUGCAUCAGAGACGAUGGAAGGAAGCAGAGAAGCUAGCUGUGGAAGUGUUGAGUAUCUGGAAACGCGUGCCGGGGCCAGAGCAUCCAGAAGCUCUGGGGAGUAUGAGCAACUUAGCACUAACAUACUGGAAACUGGGACAACAAAAGGAAGCUGAGGAGCUGCAGGUACAGGUAACAGAGAUGCGCAAAAAGCUGCUAGGACCGGAGCAUCCACAAACUCUGGCCAGCAUGGGCAACUUAGCGUCAUCAUACUGGAAACAGGGACGAUGGAAGGAAGCCGAGGAGCUGCAGGUGCAGGUAAUAGAGAUGCAGAAAAAGCUGCUAGGACCGGAGCAUCCACACACUCUGACCUGCAUGUACAACUUGGCUUCCUACUGGAAAUUUCAAGGGAAGACUCAAGCCGCAUCGGCUCUCCUAGAACAAUGUCUUGCGCUCCAGAAGAAAGUCCUGGGACCAGACCAUCCAGAUACCUUGGCCUCCUCUCGCACCCUCAGGAAGUGGACAAAAGAGGAACGCCCGUUAUUAGAUGAUCGCUCGCUGCGCCCUGGCCAGGAGGAAAGUGAUCACAUCCCGAGGCGAUCGGGUGUGGCGGUCACUGCCCCAGAUAAUGAAGAGCAUACCGAACGUAUGGAAUGGCACCAAAAGUGA